AUGGGAUUAGUUAGUUUAGAUUUCAGCUCCCUCUCCAAAGAUAAUGUUUAUCUCAAUCACAAACUGGCGUUUCAAGUUGCAGAAACGAAGCUGGGCAUCCCUGCGCUGCUGGACCCAAAAGAAAUGAUCUCCACCAGGGUCCCUGAUUCUCUGAGCGUCAUCUCGUACCUUUCACACUUAUACUGCGUCUUCAACAGGACGUCUCAGGCAGAUCGCUCUGGUUUGAGAUCAUCGCAGGUCACAGUCUCAAACAAGAGAAAAACUCCGGAUGUUCUCAAACCCCUGAAGAGCUCGUCUCAUCUGGAAACCGAUCGCCUGUCCAGCACGGCUCCUCGGACGGUGUGUAAUCUGUGUUUCAAGCCCGUCCACCUCAUACAGAGACAUCUGAUCGACGGGAAGGUCUUCCAUCGCAGCUGUUUCAGGUGCAAACUGUGCCACAGCACUCUUCUACCAGAGUCGUACACAAAGGGAAGUGAUGCUGCCUCCUUCAUCUGCACCGACCAUUUAACAGACAGUAAAAACAUUCAUGUUGCCCUCAAACAGCAAACUGGAUCGACUGAGGAUCGUCCCAAACGUGACCUGCACUCAGGGUAUGUGUCUCUGGGUGGCCUGGCUGUCUCCAGCGUCCCUUAUUACACUAAGACAACAGAGUCACAGGACAGACCGGUUUGUGAGGCACCAGAGACGCAGUGGAACGAGAGGCAGGAGAGGAGCAGCGAGGUGGAAUGCAGAGAUAACAGAGACUCUGGAGUGAAGAGCAUGUUGAAGAAGCCGGCACCACCUCGUCCUCCUCCACCCAGUGAUGAGGACGGGUCGGUCGCAGGGGCUGGAAAAGCUGAAGCUGCACCUGUUCAGACAGACGGAGAGAUACAACAAGAAACCACAAACUCUCAACAGCUGUCUGAGCGCUCCUCACCGUGUGGAGGAGUGACAGGAGGAGGCGGUCGGCAGGUUCCAGCAGCAGCACAAAUGUCCGACUCAUCUGAGGUCCCUGUUCCUGUGCCCAGGACCAAACCCUCCCAGACAACAAACAGCUCCCCUGCUGGUAAAUUAUCCAACCAAAGUAAAAGUCCACUCAGUUCUUCUCACAGCACCAGCGCUACAAUGAAAACCAACCAUCCCUGGAUGACCAUCAUUCAUCCGGGACCCUGGACACAGCUGCCUCCUGCCCCCCCCCCGGGGCCCACUCCUCGAACCAAAUCUGUUUGUAUAAAGCAGGGCCCCUGGUUCAGAACCAAAGCAAGAGCUCCCAAUCCAUUUGACGGAAUCAUGGAUGAGGAGGAGGCUCCUGAACCUGAGUGCUCAGUGGAGGCGAGUCGUUCAGAGGAGGUGGCUGUUCGAUCAGAUGAAAAUACUCAAUCUGAUGUAAACCCGCUGGAUGAAGCCAUUCUAGCAAAGAGUCCAGAUAACGAAGAGGCCGGCGGGGCUGCGACACCCGAUCCAGCAGGGGGCGUGAGUGUGGAGACGUCCAGUGAACCAGCUGCAGACACGGGUCAAAUCAAUCCACCACAUGUGGCUGAAAAUGGAGGCACGGCUGGUUCACUCCCAGAUGUGACUGAAGCAGCUGCAGGGCCAGAUGUUGCACCAGAUGAGGGCCAGAGUUACGUUCUACCCAGAAGUCUCUCUGUGCCAGUCAUCAUGUCUGUCCACUCUCAAGGGUCCUCACUGCCCGGUGUAACCGCGGCAAGUGAAUCUGUCGUGUGGCAAAGUAAGCCGGCCCGCCGAGAGAAUCCCUUUGAUCGAAAUCCCACAAUGAUCAAAUCAAAGACUUUCCAGACCUUUCCAUCUCGACGGGCCCCGGCCCCUGGACACGGCUUCCCUCUCAUCAAGAGGAAGGUGCAGACAGACCAACAUGUUUCUACAGAAGAGCUGCAGACUGAGAUGGGAGAAGUGGAGAAACGUCUGGAGGCCCUGCAACACAGAGGAGUGGAGCUGGAGAAGAAUCUGAGAGACUGCAGGAAUGAUAAAGAGGAGGAACGUAUGCUAAUGGAGUGGUUCUCUCUUCUCCAUGAGAAACAGGAUCUGGUGCGCAGAGAUACCGAGCUGGUUUAUCUGACAAAGCAGCAGAAGUUAGAGGAGAGGCAGGCGGAUGUGGAGUAUGAGCUCAGAUGCAUCCUUUGUAAACCUGAGAUGGAAUGGAGUCCGGAGGACCGGAGUCAAGAGCAGCAGCUGAUGGACGAGCUGGUCGCCAUCAUCGAGCAGAGGAACCAGAUCAUCAGCAGCUUGGAUGUGGACAGACAGAGGGAAAGAGAAGAAGAUAAGCUUUCAGAGGCCACUAAGAAAGCGCUCCAGAGAGAGGAACUGAAAGAGCUGAGGAAGUCAAAAGGAAAGUUCAAGCCCACGAAGGUUUUUAAGAUGCUCAACCAUAAAGCAGAAAGCAUCAAGGUCUCCAUGGAGAAAAAGAGCUGAUGUAAAAACAUGAAAUAAAAAAAUCAACAAACACAAAACAGUUGUUUAUGCUUUUAGAUUACGACAGUGUUGAUAUUUAUUUUGACCGCAGAAGAUGAUCAUCAUAUUAAAAUAUGAUAUAGUGAUGUCAAGAAGAGCAGCUUAGUAGUGUAGGCAAGAUGAACUUUCUAUUUUCUUCACUGUUAUCAGCAGUGUACAUUUUCUACG